AUGUCAGUCGGCGGCCCUUGUCUCUGGGUGUCUUCUUUAUCCUCGCCCAUUCCAUCAUCUCUAUCUGCAGUGACUUCUCACUUCUCUGCGGCUUGUCACGGAGACCGGUUUUCAUCACCAAGAACCAUUUCACCGUUGCGAAACUUGCAGAAGGAACGAGAGUCUAGUUCCUCCAACUCACUUUCUAAUCCCACGCAGCUGGCCAGCAUGAACGCUGAGAAUGCUUUCAAUACUGCCUCGAAUCCAGUAAGCAUGUCUGGAUCUGGAUCGUAUUCUGAGGGGAAAAUCCUGUCGCGCGAUACGGAGAGCCAAAGACCUUCAACUACCAAGGAAGAUCUGCUCUCACGAGUGAAGCUAGAUAUUCCCGGUGCCAACUCAAGCUACUCCAUGUUCCAGCCUCGGAAUGAGUCUGAAGACCUAGAGAAAGACAUGGAUCUUGACGUCAAGGAGGACCCCGACAGAGAGUUCACCAUCAGUCCUUCCGACGAGAAAGGCGACACAGCUGGUAGCGACGGGGACAACAAGUCAUCGAUAGACAGGAAGAAGAUGAAGCGAUUCAGGUUAACUCACAAUCAAACUCGGUUCUUGAUGAGCGAGUUCACUCGCCAGGCACACCCAGACGCUGCUAACCGUGAGCGCUUGUCAAGAGAAAUCCCUGGCUUGACACCACGUCAGGUUCAAGUGUGGUUUCAGAACAGACGAGCGAAGCUCAAGCGCCUCACUACAAAUGACCGUGAGAGAGUGCUCAAGUCGCGAGCAUUGCCCGAUGACUUCGACACAACCAAGGUGCUUCGUACGCCGUUCGAGAGCAAAUCAACAGGGCAGACUCCAGUUGCAUCGCCGCAAGACUACAGUGCUCCAAACCAAGACUUUGCGGCAUUGAGGGGACUACGCACCGACUGCUACCAGCGUCCCAGCGAGGAUGAUUACCUUGUCUCACCCCUUAGUUCUGCGUCAACAGCAGGAACCUACAUGUCCUCUGCUGGACAGGGACGGAACGACAGUCUGGCUCAGUCCAGUAUGAUGUUUAAUCGACCUGCAGCAUCGGCUUCGAUGCAUGACCUACACAGAACGAUUCGAAGCGAUUAUUCUAUCACUAGAUCCAGUAGUCUGUCGGAUGCCUCUUCUCAGCAUUCCUCCUUCCACAGUGGCUACCCUCUUCAUGGCCGUUUUGCAGCUGCUUCAAACCCACCCCAUAUGCCCUAUGGACGACAAGCGAUGGACUAUGGAGUUGCUCGUCAAGCCGGAAUGGUGACACCAUUUGACCAACAUCAAUCUUUCGAAGGAUCAGUAUCUCCAACAGACUCGCAAGGACCUCAAAUGACAUACGACAUGAGUAAUCUAGGCACACAAGCACAAGGCUACUCAUCCCACCUCUCCAUGGCAGGACCCAAGGACUACUCUGGAAUGGGAAUGGCUUCCCAAUUAUCAGCACACAACAGGCCUAUGCCAACACUCCAUUCUCUCCCCGUUUCCACCUCACAAGAAUACCGUCCUUACUCCUAUGGAGCCCCCUCAGUGGGUACAAUCCCUUAUACGCAGGCCAACAACUCAACACUGAGCAUUCCCACAUCAUUUGCAUCAACCGAUCCAACUGCUACUGCUGUUACAAAUGAUCAACUCCAGCAGCCAACAACUCAAUCUCUCGAAUCUCUGCGAAGCAAGUUCGCUAAUCCAUCAUUCAACUAUGCAAGCUAUAUCCAGCAAUGA